CCUGCUCCAUCCAGGACCGUUUGGCGUCUGCGCACCUACUCCCGGCUUUCUCAACACCACCAACGAGCGGCGCGCUAUCACGAUCACCAAGCAAGUCGUCGCGAGUUGGGUACAGUCCGUACGUCAUGGACCGCGACCGUAGAAGCAGGUACGAGGACGGCGAGGUCACUAGAUAUGGCGCUGGCGAAUCCUGGAGGCCUUUCCCCCGCGGAGGAGGUAGCGGCGGCGGAGACCGCUCUCCUCGACGAGCCAGAAGCCCUCUGAGAGAUCGCGAACGAGACCGAGAUCGUGACCGUGACCGUGACAGAGAAAGACCACGAUCUAGAGACCGUGAUAGAGACCGAGAUCGAGACACCAGAGACAUCAGAGACAUCAGAGACAUCAGAGACAUCAGAGACAUCAGAGACAUCAGGGACAUCAGGGACAGAGAUAGAGACAGACCACGCUCCCGGGACCGCGACAGAGAGCGCGCUCGCACACCGCCCUUGGCAUCGGACAGCUAUGUUCCUGGACGAUCCCCCGCGCGUCGCCGAUCGCGCAGCGCUGAGCGGUAUCGGCGUGAUCGAUCGAGGGAUCGGGACCCGCGCCCUCAGAGCGAUACCUGGCGCAGACGGGAUCGUACCCGGAGUCCGCCUGUGAGACGGCCCUCGCCGAGACGUAGCCCGUCGAGGCGACGCAGUCCUAUUGGAAGAUCUCCCGCUAUCCGGGACGAAAGAAGCGAUCGUGCCAGAUCGCCGCCGCGCCGCGACAUGAGAGACAGGGAACGUGAGAGAGAGAGAGACAGGGACCUUGAUCGGCGGGACGAUAGAAGACGGUCGCGUUCGCCUUAUGGCCGCGACAGGGUCCCUCCUCGGGAUAGAACCCCUCCACCCAGGAGGUCGCCAGCGCCAGCACCCCGGGGCGGCUACCGUCCACGGUCUCGUAGCACGAGCCGCCGCGGCGGUGAGAGAUAUAUAGGAUCUUCUUACAGACGGGCGUCGCCGCCCCGAGAUUCUGGCAUCUCGUCAGCGAUCACGUCUCGAUCAGCUUCAGGCAAGUCGUCACCGCAUCCUCCUCCUUCCAUCCGAGCACGAUCGCGGCCGCAAUCGAGGGAGCGUGGGGAGCGUGUCGAAAGGGAGCGGGAGCAGCCGCAGCCGCAGCCGCAGCCGCAGCAGCGAGAGCGGGAGCGGGCGCCCACACCUCUACAGACGGGCGGUGCUUCUGCCGCAUUAUCGUCCUCGACGGUUACGACGACGACGAAUCGCGAAGCACCCAAGCCUGCCGCCGCCGCCGCCGCCGCCGCCGUUGCCGCCCCCCAAGAACCGGCCCCCACGGUAGCAAAGACGCCACCUCGAGGCCCUGCCGCUUUACGUGCUCCUCCGACCGGUCCUGCUGCGACCCGAAACUUCUCUGCGCCCGCCGGCUCACCAGCUGUCCAGCCACCUAGACACCCGCAGACUCCGAGCGUGCCACCCCCGCGAGCAGACGCCACCAGUCCCACUAUCCCCCCGGCUGGCCCUCGUGGCUACGUGGCUCCGCCGAGGGGUGGCGGAUACAGUGCCCGUGGUGGACGAGGGUCGUGGUCAGGCCCGUCGCCUCGUCAAGCUCCUGUCCCUACAACCUCACCCUCAUCCACACCAUCUACUAUCCCAACCGGGCCACGCGCCAACCCUUCUAACAACAUCUCAUCAAACCCCCCUCCUGCAUCCAAGGCCUUUAACCCUCCCACCGGUCCUUCAUCACAGCACGGUGCUGGAGGUGCUCGGCCAACCUUGGCCCAGAGCAUGCUUGCGACACUCCCCCCUAUCAUCCCCGGAGGCAAGAUUGACCCCUCUCUGCUUCCGACGACCACGGGCAUCACGAGGGACAUCGAGCCGCACUACAAGAAGCUCAAGGCGGAAGAGGAGAAGGCACGCGCGGAACUGGACACUAAGGAGGACAAGCUGCGGCAGAGUCUCCAGAUGUGGGACAAGCUCGAGAUGGAGUCCAAGGCAUGGAAGACUAGGGUGGACCUCAGUGAGCAGAGCCUCAACAAUUUGGCCGGUGAGGGUGUCGGCGGUGCUGCCUUUUAAAGAGUGGACGGGUUCAUUGGGAGGGCUCCCCCUUGUCCUCCUGUUUCGGAAGUCAGGGAUUUGACGAAGACAGAGUGUCGGUAGGACGGCGAAGGCGAUGAUGUACCACUGCCACCACUAUUGCUAUUACUUGGGUUGUUUUGCAUGUACGAAAUACGUUGUUGUAAUUUGUAGGUUGGCUUAGUUAGAGCUUCACGAUACCCCCAACGAAAGGUUGUAAUCGACUAGCAAUUUGGGACAGACUUACUCGGUCACUUUUUGUGCAAG